GAUCGGAAGUAGUUGAGUCUCAUGUCCGGGCUUCGGUCGUUGCGACUUAUCUCCGGGCCUAGCGACAACAUGGCGGACUUGUCUCUGGACGAGCUGAUCAGGAAACGCGGCGUCAAUGUGAAUGUGAAAGGGAGACUGAACACAAGGCCAGUAUUUGGAGGUAUCAGAUCUCGCAUUGGAGUCCAACAAACUUUUCUAAGCAGACCAGCACCAAGUGUUGGCUUUCAGCGGACAUUUGAUGCACGUCAAAAGAUUGGUCUUACUGAUGCCCGACACAAAAUCGGUGUGAAAGAUGCCCGGGAGAAACUGCUUCAAAAAGAUGCCAGGUUCAAAAUCCAAGGGAAAGUGCAAGAUGCCCGGGAGAUGCUGAAUUCCCGAAAGCAACAGAGUGUCGAAAAGGUGACCAAAGUUGUUGAUGCCAGAGAGAAAAUUAGUUUGAAAAGGAAUGCUCCGACUGCAGCCACAGUGAACACUGUUGUGGAAACAGUGGCCCCUGCCAUGAAGAUCACAAAGACCAUUCAGCAGAAGGCUGCAACUCCAUCACACACUCACCCUGCAGGUAUGAAGGUCAACAUCGUGAAUAAUCACACACACAAACAGUGCCUGUAUGAUGUAGAAGAUGAUGAUGAAACUGUAUCUCCCCUUCCUAACAAACAGAUGAAAAUCACCACCGCAAACAGCUUUCUGCACAGUGCGGCUGGACUCAGUGGCAACAAAUUCUCUAUAUCAAAGACGGUUCCUCUCACAAAAGUGGUUCAGAAUGAUGCCUAUACAGCACCCCCAGCUCCACCUUCCCCCAUCCGGACAAAGGGCCUUACAAACAUGUCCCGAACGUUGGUGACCAAGGAAGAACCCCCUAAAGAGCCACCGCCAGUUGAGCUGGCCUUCAGCCCAUUAGAAGGUACUAAGAUGACUGUGAAUAAUUUGCACCCUCGAGUCACAGAAGAGGACAUUGUUGAGUUGUUCUGUGUGUGUGGUGCCCUGAAGCGUGCCCGUCUAGUGCAUCCCGGAAUGGCUGAGGUGGUGUUCGUGAAAAAGGAAGAUGCUAUUACUGCAUAUAAGAAAUAUAAUAACAGAUGUCUCGAUGGCCAACCAAUGAAAUGUAAUCUUCAUUUAAAUGGAAAUAUCAUCACAUCAGACCAACCUAUCUUGCUUCGAUUGAGUGACACCCCCUCAGUGAAGAAGGAAGGUGAACCACGUCGGACAAGUGCAGGAGCCCCCUCAAAUCCACCAGCUGAAGUGGAUCCUGAUACCAUCUUGAAGGCCCUCUUCAAAUCCUCUGGCACCUCCACCUCUGUGCAGCCGACAGAGUUCAAAAUCAAACUUUGAGGAGUGGGGGCGAGGAGCGGACUGGAAAACUUGUUGAGCGUGGGAAAUGGGGAGACAAGUGCGGGAACACAACUGUUGUGUUUGACCGUGCUGAAACCUUUGUUUUUCUACAAUUGCUACCUUCCUGUACAAUAGUGUUCUCCCUAAUGUGUGUGUUCUGUUUUCAUAGUUGGAGUUUUUGUCCACAUAUUUCUAAUGGAAUAAUCUUCCCUUCCUCCAGUGAGAUAUAUAUCACCAAGCUUAGACCAUGUAACUCCUUCCUUUGCCCACCCCACCCCUAGGCAGUAUCUAGCCUGUAAAAGUGCACCUGGCAAUGGGUGUGAUAAGCAUCUUUGGGGGCUCAGCAUCCUUUGAGUAAGAGAUGGAGUCCCUUUUUCUUUUUACUGAUGAUAAACUACAUUUCAUUUCAUUGCAUCUGAGGUUGAUGCCAAGUAUAAUACUAUACUCCCAUGCAUUUGAUAGGUUUAGCUGUUCUACAAUUCUAAAAUUAGUAAAGGAGAAGCUGUAAAUGCUGUUCAUCUAGUAGCUGAUGGAAGGGACAGUGAAUGCACUGGGAGUAUAUAUAGGUACAGGAAUAUAGCUUGUUUUACACCUCAACUCUUCCAUUACCAUGGUGAUAAUUGGUAAUGCAUUGCUGAGGAUCAAGCCCUAGCAUUGGUAUGAACUUCAAUCCAACAUGUCUCACAAAUGCAUGCUCUCUCCAUGAGAAUGUAUGGGCUUUGUUUGGGCAACAGCAAAACGUUUCUUUUCACUUUGUAGCAUCCAUAUUAUUAUGUUCUCCCUAGACUUUUACAGUGGAAUUGUAUAUUAGGGAGGAAAGUUUUUCUAGUUUCUUCCAGUUCAGUUUUACAGGAAGGAGGGCAAGCUACCUCUCCUGUGUGGUGCUUGACAAGCACUGCAGCAAGCAGAGGGCCUCAUUCUGCUUGUCCUGAUAGAAUUGGAAUCACGUCUAUGUUAUGCUGCACCUGUACCUUGCUAGGUGAUAGUGACAUCACAGCAAAUUUCAGUGAUUGACCUGUUAAAACUAUUCCAACCAGGAUUCUCAAUUGUCCUUGUCCUUCUCUCAUCCCUCAACGAAGGUUGCUUAUUGUAGCCAGAAGUUGGUCUUGUCACAUAUAAUAUACCAGAGACAAACCCUACCACCUGCUCUCAAGGAAUUACCAAUUCUAAUAAUUUCACCUUUCAGCACUGUACUCUGUUUGGGCAAGAUGCUGCUGGUGCCACCAUGCAGCACUGUUGCUUAUUUGUUUGUAUUGAAAAGUGGUGAGUGCCCCCUGUAGAUGAUAUAAUGCCGCAUCUGCAUACCGGUUUGAUAUAGAACAGGGAAGGGAGGUGAGAAAUAAAAGGUGUUACUUCUAGGGAAGCUAGGAGGAUGUACUAAUCCAUGUAGAAGUUUCUGUGACAUGCCAGUCUUUACUUAAAGCAAAGACACACUCCUUUUUGCUAGCAGAUUAACCCAGUGGAAAUGGAAAACUGACAACAGUUCAAUUGUAUUAAUUUUAUAGUAAAUCAGGAGACUGAACCUCUGGUUGAGGGCUUAAGUUUUUAUCCUUCCAACUACAAGAUUUAAGCAUUUCUGUUCUCUGCUAAAAUCGUGUAAAGCCUUCAAUUCAAUGGAUUCUUCUUUCCUGUUUUUCAUUCUGUACACUUGAUUUAAUCUAGCAGGAACAUACCAGUUAUGUUAUGUUAUAACCCUAAACGGACAUGGAAGGAGUUUUGUUCCCAAUGGGAUUUGUUAAUCUGGAUUAUUAAUUUUGGACUGAUCAUAACUUCACCGUUACUGGGGAGAUGUGCUUGUGAACUAGAUACUUUUUUAUUUUAUUUUUUUGUGCAGAACUGCUAUUCCCUAUACCCAUGUUUCAUUAGCAGCAGUGGUUGACUACAGGGGAAGGGAAGGUUGGGGCUGGAGGACACUAUGUAUUAUGUUUCUGAAUAAACAUUUGUUAUAUUGAGACAA